UGCCUGCCGAGCUGUAAGCAUGCUGUUGAUGUCAGGAGCAAAGGAGGGGAACGUGAGGAAUGGCUGAAAACUGGCGAUGAUCUCCCACCGCAAACAAACCAGGACGAGAAAUAGCUGCAGAAUCGGACGCGUUUGAGGAUUGGGAAAACACACGCCGCACGAAUCUGCCUCUUCACGACGCCGACGCAUGGUUUAGUUAUUUAAUGGGACACCGAAAACGCAAAAAACGCAAGGUAGUGCCGCCGUUCCCCCCUCGCCAGUGCUGCUGCUGACCUUAUUUUCAUGGACUAAUACGACACACGGGUCGAGAAAUGUUCCUAUGCAAAAGGUAAAUCACGGUUGUUUAAAGACGGCGUUUGAUUUAUAUCAGCAGUGAAACGGAGGGAAAAAGGGGGGAGCGAAGAAACUCCGAUAUUUCGCCGGGACCGCGAAUGUGGUAUAACUAUUCAGACAUUUUUAUUUUGUUUUGAAAGGCAUUUGGAAGGCUUCAUCUCAUGCCACAACCCGAGCGACCACAUGAAAAGUCGACGGCCAGAAUAGAAGAAGCGUAAAGGCUUUUUACCCCCUCUUUGCUUCCACCUGAAUCGAGUGAAAAAUGCGAGUCCUUGUGUUUUGGAUAUUUUUGUGGUGUUUGCUUCGUGUUGGUGCCGCUGGUCAAGGGCAGUCGACUCCGGCUGUGUGUUCCCCCUCAUGCAGCUGCGAUGAAGAUGGGGGUGCAGACUGCUCUGGGAAAGGGCUGACCACUAUCCCAGCCGGUCUCAGUGCUUUCACCUACUACCUUGACCUGAGCAUGAACAACAUCACCGAGCUGCCAGCGUACAUCUUCAAAAACUUCCCCUAUCUGGAAGAACUGCGACUUGCGGGGAAUGACCUGUCAUUCAUCCAUCCUGAAGCGCUGUCUGGACUGCAUCAACUCAAAGUCCUGAUGCUCCAGAAUAAUCAGUUGAAGACUGUGCCCAGUGCUGCUCUGAAGAACCUUAACUCUCUACAAUCUCUUCGUCUGGAUGCCAACCAUAUCACUACAGUUCCAGAGGACAGUUUUGAAGGACUUCAGCAACUACGCCACCUGUGGUUGGACGAUAACAACCUGACCGAGGUCCCCAUCGGCCCUCUGAGACACCAGGCCAACUUACAGGCUCUAACGCUGGCGCUCAACCGCAUCUCCUUCAUACCCGACAAUGCCUUUGCUAACCUCACCAGUCUAGUGGUGCUGCAUCUUCAUAACAACAGAAUUCAUGAGAUAGGGGACAGCUGUUUCACUGGACUAGUGAACCUAGAGACACUUGAUCUCAACUUCAACAACCUCAUGGUUUUCCCCAUAGCAAUAGAGGCCCUUCCCAAACUCAAGGAACUUGGGUUCCACAGCAAUUACAUAGCCUCCAUACCUGAAGGAGCCUUCCGUAACAACCCUCUGCUGCGAACCAUCCAUCUUUAUGACAACCCUCUAACCUUUGUGGGGGCUUCAGCUUUCCAGAACCUGUCAGACCUGCACUCUCUGAUGUUGCGUGGGGCCAGUAUGAUGCAGCAGUUCCCAAUACUUACGUGGACUAACAACCUGGAGAGCCUGACCCUAUCAGGAACUAGGAUAUCAGCUGUACCCACUGAUCUGUGUGAUGAUCUCAAGUUGCUUCGGACUCUAGACCUGUCCUACAAUGAGGUUAAGGAGCUGCCAUCCCUCCAGGGCUGUCUCAAACUGCAGGAGAUAAGCCUGCAACACAACCAUAUCCAACAAAUUGACAGGGACACUUUCCAAGGACUCUCUGCCCUACGUUUGCUGGACCUGAGCAGAAAUGAAAUCAGAGUCAUUCACAAAGAUGCUUUCCUCACGCUGACUGCACUUACCAACCUAGAUUUGAGUAUGAACGCUCUGACUGUGAUUCCAACGACUGGACUGAGUGCUCUCAAUCAGCUGAAACUCUCAGGGAACCUGCAGAUGAAAAAUGUGCUGAGUGCCAAAAACUUACCCAAACUCAGGUCCAUCUCUGUCCCCUAUGCCUACCAGUGCUGUGCAUUUGUCGGAUGUGACACCGUGAUAAGUUCCUCUGAGGAAAAUGACGUGAGGAAAUCUACAGGGGUGGAGGGUGUGGAAAGAAUAUCUAUGAUUAUGCAUUGCUCCCCUUCUCCAGGAGCAUUUAAACCAUGUGAGCAUCUUCUCGGCAACUGGAUGAUUCGUCUUACAGUCUGGUUCAUCUGCCUGGUGUCCCUGGUCUUUAACAGCCUGGUGCUGGUAACCACCUUCUCCCCAAUCCGCCGAGCUCCAGGCCCCGUCCACUCCCUGACUCCAUCCCUCUUUCCAGCCAGGCUACUGAUGGGGCUUCUGGCCCUGGCCAACCUGCUCACAGGCCUGUACGUCGGAGUGCUGACGGUGCUUGAUCUUGCCACCUGGGGCUCCUUUGCUGAGUUUGGCGUAUGGUGGGAGAUGGGCGCUGGCUGCCGCAUCACAGGAGCUCUGGCAGUCUUCUCCUCUGAGUGGGCGGUUUUGUUACUCUCACUGGCAGCUGUGGAACGAAGCGUGGCAGUGCGAGCGCUUCUGGGGAAGGUCAUGGUGUCACCCAGGAGGGGUGCUGGCAGCCAUCAGGGAUGCUGGAGAGGAGAUCAACGCUUCAGGCUUGCUGCAGGACUACUCGGGCUCUUAGCUGCCGCUGCAGCCUGCCUGCCUCUUAUAAGUUCCAGUGACCAGUCGGCUUCUCCUCUCUGUCUGCCCUUUGCCGGGGGUGAGAGUCCGGCUUUGAGUAUUACAGUAGUUCUUGUCCUGCUCAAUGCCCUGGCUUAUUUGUUCACUGCAGCUGUCUAUACCCAGCUGUACUGCCACCUGGGCAGGGUGGAUCUGGCAGACCCAGAGCAGACCGGUGCUCUGCGUCACGUAGCUUGGCUAAUCUUCACCAACUGCAUAUUUUUCUGCCCUGUAGCAGCGUUCUCCUUUGCCCCUCUGUUGACCGGGUCAGGCUCCACUGCCGGCGGCCCAGAGAUUGCCAAGUCUGUCACGCUCAUUUUCUUCCCCCUGCCUGCGUGCCUAAACCCUGUCCUUUAUGUGUUCUUCAGCCCAGCCUUCAGGGAAGACUGGCAGAGACUACGGGGUCGUGGAGGAGCAGCCAGGGAGGUGAAGGCUGGUGCUGAAAGUCAGGGAGAUGAUGGUGGUGGAGGGUCUGGGGUCAUGGAUGGUGGCUCCUCCAUACAGCUAGGCUUUGACUGUGGGGUGUACUCACAGCUCUGUGGAGAGACAGUUGUGUGUGAGCAGUGCGAGGCAGCACUGCAUGCCAAAACCUGUUCUUCCCCCUCAUCCUCCAUAGUUUGCAGACACUUGGUGAAGUCUCAUAGCUGCCCAACCCUUUUAGCUGGAGCUGCAGUGUGCAAACGCACAGAGGGAUACUGGGCAGACAGUAGCACGCCCUCAGCUCAGUCUGAGUACGCGGACGAGGGAGACUCAUUUGUAUCAGAUAGCUCUGACCAGGUGCAGGCCUGUGGCAGAGCCUGCUUCUGUCAGAGCAGAGGGCUUCCUCUCGUACACUACUCAUAUAACAUACCUCGUGUCAAAGACUAAGGAACUCCCCAGAGCUUUAUCUGUGCACACAGAUCUCUCUGCUAUGUGAAUUUUAAUGCUACAAGAAUAUGUAACAAUUUGUUAUAUCAAAACGUGCCAACUACCCUGUUAAUGGACUGUUCAGGAAGCACUUAUUUUUAUAAUUACUGUGUUAACAGAGACUCAGAUCAAUCACUUAAAGGGAACUUGGUAUGCUUAUUGAACUUCAAGACUGUAAGUGCAUGUUUUGCCCACCGGUGAUGUAACUGAGCUGAACUGAGUGCGUCAUAAUACAAGCUAACAGAGGAUGUUACAAAGGAAACUCUUGCCACCAGUGCCUGCCUCUUGCUUUAGAUUGGACUGGAUAACACGAUGUUGCAAGCCUCAGAUUAUGUCACUUCUUUUGUAAAGGCAAGGAUUUUGUGACAUCUCUGUUUUCACCUGUACUUAUAAGCUUUUUCAUUUUCUUGUAAUUGUCAUACUUGUCAAUUUUAAAAGCUUCACUACAGCUACUGUUGAUUUUAUAUUUUAUUGAUUUUUUUUUUUUUUUUUUUAUAAAAAUGUAGCAAGUGUAUCGUGCUAUAGUUCUCUUUGAAUGUAACAUAACUUUCAGGAGAAUGAUUGGUGGUCCUCAAGUAAAGGGGGCAAUAGUGUUCAAAAUGUUCAACAAUAACUUGCACCCUGCCUGCCUUCCCAAUGUGACCAGAAUCCACAUUAUAAUACAUGCCCUGCACUCGCUUCACGAGAGCAUCAUGGCCAUUUUAUUUAAGCAGUUCCUCACUUGGAGUAAGACUACGAAUGUGAUUAAAAGUAGCAGAUAUCACUGUUUAAGCAACAACUGCGCUGGGUGGUUUUGUAUGGUGUUAUAAUUUAUUGUUUGGAGUAGUAGUAAUGUCUGGGUGAAGAUAAUUCAGGUAUAUGAAAGGUGGCCUUUGAAUGAUGAAUGCAGAACCCAAGCACUCACCAAGACAGCAGCACCUCCUGUGGUAAAUGUUAAAUUCUUGACAAAUUACUUUUUUUCCAUUGCACCAUGGUACUGUAACUGUGCUCAAGCCAAAAUAUUCAUGAGCUACAAAAGCAUCUGGCAAUCAGUUAUUUUCACUGAUAGCUGGCAACCAGGGGCUACCAUCGCUGUGGCAGCCGAGUGCCGCCAGCACCCAGAGUGACCAGGUGAAGCUGAGCUGAUGUCACCUUUAUGCAAAUUAGCAGCGAAGCACUGAAGCAGGAACCAGUUGCAGAUAGGGAUUUAAUAUUCUUCCCAUUGUUAACACCUCGCUCUACAGUAUACCAAAGUUCCCAGCAAAUAUUUUUCAUAUUGCCCUGGUGGACAGUAAUUGUUGCUGCUUCCAGUUUCAUGGAGCUAAAUGACCCAUUGUUGUUGAAGCAAAGAACCAGGUCACAUUCUUGUGUGUAAAAACAUACUCACAUAACAAAGUGACACCAAGAGCUGAAAGUAAUGAGUUUUUGCUCACUAUAUAAAUAGUUUAAACAUUAAAAAAAAAAGGUUAUUUGGCUAGGCCUGUCAUGGCCAGCGACAGUAAAGUAUGUCUUGUGUCAUCUUAACUGACACUGAUGUAUGCAGCAUUACUUGAAUGCCCCGCCCUCUGGCGGCAGCAACAACUAGAGAGACCUGAUGACGCACUGCUGCUCAUGAAUCUUUGGUCUGAACACACAGAGAGAGAGAGAGUUCACUGUAUUGUUUUCACCAGUCUUAAAGGAUAAGUCCAAUUAUUUCCAACUUGGGCCUUUAUUUUCCUGGUUUUUCCCAUCAUGCUGAUCAAUUCUGAUCAAAGUGUUGUCAAUUCUUCUCACUGUAGAGCCCUAUGUACCGUUCAGUUGCUGGAGGCAGUACUCUCCAAUGCAGUCCAGUGGGGCCAGGAUAAAACCAGACACACCAAAAACAUGUCCUUUUUAACACAAUAACACUCACUUCAUUGAGACCUGGCUACAUCCAAUGUUACAUCGACAUGUGGCCUGAAACAUGAACAUUUGGCUGUGUUAGAUACAUUUGUAGUGUAAACCAGCCUGCAAGUGUAACGUUCAGGUCGUCUGAUGCCGCUUUCAGCUCAUAUUAGAUGUACUGCACCAGCCAGCCUUCAUUCUCUUGGUGGUAAUUGAUAAUCCCAAAUUGUCCUACCUGGUGUCAUGUAUUGCCUAUGCACAUCAGCCCAGGUAGUAAACGUAUCAGACUGUCCACUUCUGUCGACGGUCCAAAUUAAUGACAUUAUAUUCACACUAAAAGCAGAUUUAUCUGAUGUAGUUAUUUAUAGUUGAUUUUAAAUCAGUAAUAAAAAUGAUUUUGCUUGCAGAUGUUCUGAUGAGUUAAACACAUGAAUACUCUCAUAGUGACAAAAUGUCCUCCGGUUCUUCCACCUCUGACUUGAUGUGAAUGCCUUAGAGGACAAUCAGUCUGAGGAAUUAUAAUAAGGAACCGUGUGAGCAAAGCCAAGAGGUAUUAAAUGGGCGGAUAACUUUAGUGUUGUGUGAUACCUGCAAUCACAGCUGUGGGAAGACGUCCAGCUACAGUGAAAGGGGCAUGUUUUGGGUGCUUUUUGGGUUGAGCAGCUUGUGGCCUUUGUCCACUUUGGAUUGUGUUGGACAGCAGCGUUCCCUGAAAAGUGAAAGGUCGAUGGGGCUCUACAGUGAAGUGAAAUCAUUGACCAGAAUCGAUCAGCACAAUGGCAAAACCUUGGGGAAAACAGGGCCCAGAUUGAAUUAUUACAGGAAUUAUCCAUUAAGUUGAACAUAUUUGAUUCUUACAUUUCUUUGCAACCCAGAAGUCAGAGUAACUUCUUUGUCCAAUUCCAGUGCACAGGCUGUCACAGGAGGGCCACAAUCAUAUUGUAAUAGCCUACUUAUAGCUGAUCACUUUUCAUGCUGAGAACUGACCUGGAUGACGUUGUGUGUGACUGUUAGGGGAUUGUUCUCUGACUGAUGUUUAGUGUGCUGGAGCAUGACUGUACACAUUAAGGUGGAUACACCCUCAGAGCAUGUAUCCACAAGUGCGCAUCAUGUGAGUGCUCAGGAAUUUAGGCAAUGUAGGGAAACUUUUUUUUUUUUCCCAUCAAUAAGACAUUCUUGUGUCCAUAUAAUGCAUAAUAUUGCCAUUUUGUGUUUUCCAUGGGUAGAGUUUGCUCUUUAUUUUUUUCAUUUUAUUGAUUUUUUUUUUUUUUUUAUUGAACACCAUAUUGUGACUAGGUGUGUCAUUUCUAGCACCAACCAAAUGUCCAUUGAUUGUUUGAGAUAUUUCAAGUCCCAUCUGGUGAAAAUGUAAAAGAAAAAAAAAACUUUUGAGUAGUGCAGUUUUUGUAUUUGUAUGUAAAUUAUUUUAAACAAAAACAAAUAAUUAAGAAUGGGAUGCUAACUAAGGAAGCUACCUCCUCAACUGUGGCUGUCACCAGUGCUUUGCAAAAGAACGUCUUGUUUUGCUAUAUUAUUAUUAUCACUCUGUUUGCUUUCUUGGCUCUGUGUUGAUGCAUCUGGUUGUACAUCAUCAUUUUAGUUCAAUUCAAAUUGUGGGAGGAAUUUAUGUACUGUAUACUGUGAUUUUUUUUAAACUAUGAAAUUGUUUGUGUAUUUUAUCUUUUAUAGAUAUAGCAUUGUAAUACAAGAUAUUAAAGUAUCUCACUAUAUUUCAGCUCAAAUACAAAUGUUAUUUGUAGGUUUUCAUUCAAAAUCUUUCCAAGUAGUUUUAUUUGAUUUUUAUUUGAUUUUUUUCUAGACAGUAGGUACAUUGGAAAAACACAUGCAUUUUUGAAAAA